UAGAUUUGUGAUCAGUGCCGUUGGAGGUCUCCGUGAGCGUGGUUGACCAAUAAUGAUUAUCUUGUGGCUGGUUAUUGUCUUUAGUGUGCUGCUGCACUGGCUCUACAGGAUCAACAAGAACUAUUGUAUUCUAUCUUUCUUCUCCAGAAGAAUUCAAUCGAAAGAUGGUACACCUGUGGAGACCAUAGCUCCCAUACCCAAGGGUAAGACCAUUUUCGGCAACACUUUCGAUUUGUACGGCAGAGACCACGCCGGUGUUUUUGAACACUCCCGCGAACGAGCAAAGCAAAUGGGAACUAGCUAUAUUGAAUAUUUAAUGGGAACGGCCAUUUACAAUGUAAUCGAUGCGGAUACCGCGGAUAAUGUACUCAACCACCCUAAUCUAAUAACCAAGGGACUUGUCUACAAUUUCCUACAUCCAUUUUUGAGAACGGGUUUGCUGACAUCAACUGGUAAAAAAUGGCAUGCACGUCGCAAGAUGCUCACCCCGACAUUCCAUUUUAAUAUAUUGAAUCAGUUCCAGGAGAUCUUCAAAACGGAGAGUGUUAAGUUUCUUAAACAAUUCGAGGGUCAAGAUGAGGAAACUAUAACAUUACACGAUGUUAUACCAAGAUUCACACUAAACAGUAUUUGCGAGACUGCCAUGGGUGUUAAGCUGGAUGAGAUGGCCGAGAAGGGCGAUCGUUACCGGGAGAACUUCAGUCAGAUUGAAGAUUGUUUCAUUCGCCGUUUGAGCAACCCUCUUCUUUGGGGCGAUACACUGUUCAAAAUGUUUGCGGCCAAAGAUUAUGCUGCUGCCCUAGAUGUGGUGCAUGGGUUUUCCAGUGAGAUUAUAGCUAAGAGAAGGGUUUUGCUCAAGGAUGAGUUGGACAACAGACGGGCCACCCAGACAGCUGACGAUGAUGUAUUUGUCCCAAAGAAGCGAUUCGCCAUGCUGGACACCCUAAUUUGCGCUGAAAAGGAUGGCCUUAUCGAUCACAUUGGCAUUUGUGAGGAGGUGGACACUCUUAUGUUUGAAGGUUACGAUACCACCUCAAUUGGACUUAUCUUUGGUCUGAUGAACAUGUCUUUGCAUCUCGACAAGCAGGAAAUAUGCUACCAGGAGAUUCAAGACCACAUAGAUGAUGACUUGAGCAACUUGGACGUGAAUCAAUUGAAUAAGCUUAAAUACCUGGAGUACUUCAUGAAGGAAACCAUGCGCCUGUUUCCGUCGGUUCCCAUUAUGGCUCGUGAACCCGUUCAGGAUACAGAGCUGGCUAAUGGUCUGAUUAUUCCGAAGGGUUCUCAGAUUACCAUUCAUGUAUUUGAUAUUCAUCGGAAUGCCAAGUACUGGGAUUCGCCUGAAGAGUUCCGUCCGGAGAGAUUCCUACCGGAGAAUUCCCAGAACCGUCACACCUACGCCUAUAUUCCAUUUAGUGCUGGUCAAAGAAAUUGUAUUGGUCAAAAGUAUGCCAUGCAGGAGAUGAAAACACUUAUGGUCGUCCUUCUCAAGAAGUUCAAGAUUUUGCCAGCCAUCGAUCCCAAAAAGAUUAUUUUUCAUACGGGCAUAACUCUGCGCACCCAAAACAAAAUUAAAGUAAAGCUUUCAAGACGGAAAAAAAUGAUAAUCUUGUGGCUUGUCGGAGCUUUUAUUGUGCUCUUGCAUUGGCUUUACAGGUUCAAUCAGGAUUACUGCAUUCUUGGGUUCUUCGCCAGAAGAAUUCGAACUAAGGAUGGGAAGCCCGUAGAGAGCGUAGCCCCCAUGGUCAAGGGUAAAACCAUUUUUGCCAACAGCUUCGAUUUGUACGACAAAGAUCACGCUGGUGUUUUUCAGCACUCUCGUGACUGUGCAAAAAAAUUGGGUGAGAGCUAUUUAGAAUAUGCGAUGGGGACGGCGGUUUACAAUGUUAUCGAUGCGCAGAAUGCGGAACAUGUACUUAAUGAUCCGAAUCUAAUAAACAAGGCAAUAUUAUACGAUUUCCUACAUCCGUUUUUGAGAACGGGUUUGUUGACAUCCACAGGUAGAAAAUGGCAUGCGAGAAGGAAGAUGCUUACUCCAACGUUUCAUUUUAACAUACUGAAUCAGUUUCAGGAGGUAUUCAAAACGGAGAGUCUGAAAUUUCUUGAGCAAUUCAAGGGUCAAGAUGAAGCAAUAAUCUUAUUGAACGAUGUUAUACCAAGAUUUACUCUGAACAGUAUAUGCGAGACUGCCAUGGGUGUUAAGUUGGAUGAGAUGGCCGAGAAGGGAGAUCGUUACCGGGAAAGUUUCAGUCAGAUUGAAGAAUGUUUCAUUCGCCGUAUGAGUAACCCUCUGCUCUGGGUCGAUACACUGUUCAACAUGUUUGCGGCCAAGGAUUAUGCUGCUGCCCUCGAUGUGGUCCAUGGAUUUUCCAGCGAAAUUAUAGCAAAGAGAAGGGUUUUGCUAAAGGAUGAGCUGGACAACCAAGGAGCCACGCAGACCGCAGAUGAUGAGGUAUUCUCCACAAAGAAGCGCUUCGCCAUGCUGGACACCUUAAUUUAUGCUGAAAAGGAUGGCCUUAUCGAUCACAUUGGCAUUUGUGAGGAGGUGGAUACUCUAAUGUUCGAGGGCUACGAUACCACCUCAAUUGGCCUUAUAUAUGGUCUUAUGAACAUGUCCUUGUAUCCCGACAAGCAAGAAAUAUGCUUCCAGGAGAUCCAAGAGCACAUAGAUGAUGAGUUGAGCAACUUGGACAUCAAUCAGUUGAACAAACUGAAAUACCUGGAGUACUUUGUUAAGGAGACCAUGCGACUAUUUCCUUCCGUUCCCAGCAUGGGUCGGGAAACCAAUCAAGAAACGGAGCUGGCUAAUGGGUUGAUUAUGCCGAAGGGUUCCCAGAUUGUCGUUCAUGUUUUUGACAUUCAUCGCAAUGCCAAGUACUGGGACAACCCAGAAGAAUUCCGCCCGGAGAGAUUCCUACCGGAGAGUUCCCAAAACCGUCACACCUACGCGUAUAUUCCAUUCAGUGCUGGUCAAAGGAAUUGCAUUGGUCAAAAAUAUGCCAUGCAGGAGAUGAAAACUCUGAUGGUGGCUCUACUCAAACAGUUCCAGAUUCUCCCAGUUAUCGAUCCCAAGAGCCUAGUGUUUCAAUCGGGAAUCACGCUGCGAACUCAAAACAAAAUUCACGUGAAGCUUGUGAGAAGAAAGUGACUGGGCUAUAAUGGAAAGGAUUUAAUCCAGGAACUGUGUUGGCCAUAAAAUGCAUUUUACUAUGCUUUAAUACCCUA